AGAGCUGAUGAGAAAAAAUAUUUAAAGUGACUUAUCAAAGGUGUUCGUUCAAUUGGAAUUAAAUAUUUUUAUCCUUUACCAUGCUUAUCAAAUAUUUGGGGGCACUUUUGGUGCUUUUAUGUGCAUCAGUCGAUUCUCAACUUCAAAGUAGAGUGAUAGAAUUAAGAACUGAUCAUUUUAAUCCACUUUCGACAUCAAGAUUUGAUGCACGAUAUCUUGAAAACAGUGAACAUUAUCAAUCUGGUGGACCAAUCUUUAUUUACAUUUCGGAUUCCGAAGAAGUUGACAGUCAAUUCAUAUUAAGUGGAGCUAUGUGGGAGAUAGCAAGAGAUGUUGGGGGUCAUUUAUUCGCAUUGGAACAUCGCUACUACGGGGAAAGUUUGCCAACUGAAGACACUUCAGUAGACAAUCUUAGAUGGUUGACAAUCCAUCAGUCAUUAGCUGAUAUCGCUCAAUUUGUUGCUUUUGUUCGUGCAAAUUAUGAAGGGGCAAUAAAUUCCCGAGUGAUCUUGUGGGGACGAGGAUAUGGUGGUGCUUUAGCUACAUGGGCGAGACAAAAAUAUCCGAAUGCGGUUGAUGGUGUUUGGGCUUCAAGUGCUCGAAUUAAUGCUAUAACAGAAUUCCCAGAAUUCAUGAGCAAUACUUUCCAUACAAUCAAUUCAAUUGGAGGCCCGGAAUGUGGCGAUGUUCUUCAUGAAGCUUUUCGUUUUAUUGAAAAUGCAGUGAGACUUAGAGAUACGGAAUUUAUUGAGCAAAGAUUAAAUCUUUGUUCACCAAUUAACGUAGAUCUAGAAGAAGAUGUUGCAUCAUUAAUGUAUAAAAUCGCUGAAGACAUCGGUUAUGUAUUUGUAACAAAUGCAAGAUAUCCAGAAAUUGAUGAGAAAUGUUUCAUAAUACGCGGAGUUGAUGCACCUGAAAAUCCAGCAGAAAAUGCUUUUGAAGCAUUUGCUAGAUGGUACGUUGACGACUUCCGAAAUUCCUUAGGUGAUGAAUGUUUGGACAGAGAAGAAUCAUUUUUAGAAAACAUUGAGUGGAAUACAAAUGCAACUCGCACUGGACGAAGACAAUCUUUGUGGAUGCUUUGCACACAAUUGGGUGGUUUUGCAGUUGCGAAUGAAGGCGAAAAUCAUCCGUUUGGAUGGAGAUUUGAUAUCAACUUUUUCAGACAACGUUGUGGACAAAUUUUCAAUCAAGAACUCUUUACACAAAGCUUUAUGGAGCAAUCAAUUGCUGAUACAAACACGCUUUAUGGUGGACUUCGACCUGCAGUUUAUCGAGUAUUUUUCACUCAUGGAGAAAUGGAUCCCCAACGAAAUUUAGGCCCAAAUGAAGAUUUAAACGCAAACUCACCGGCAGUUGUGAUGUCACUUCAAUCAUUUGGACGUGAUUUUGGUUCACCUGAUGAAACUGAUUAUGUUGUUUUGCAACAAACAAAAGCUAGAGCACGAGAACUUAUUAUGCAAUGGCUUGUUGAUGCAGCAGAAGAGAUUCCUACUGAACCACCAUCUGAAACCACAACUGUUGGAGGCCCUGAACCAGCUGAAUAACUUUUAUUUGUAAAUAAACUGUUUGAGUUUUAAAUGCUAUAUGAAAAUAAAAAAAAAUUAUUACGGAAACAUCAAAGCU